CACAUAAAGCCAACUCACCGAAGACAGGGACAAAGUCAAACUUGUCCAUAUACAGGAGGAGCUCUGACCUCACUGUAGUUUAGUGAGAGACUCAAAGUGAAACUCAGUCAACAACAAUACGAACGUGUGAAUCGACACGAUCAACCUCCUUAAGCAAAAUAAUAUUUAUUGAGCCAUUCAGAGACCCUUGAGGACACAUUUUAUGAUCACUGGCAUGAGGCAUAAGUGAAGAACAAUGGCAGAAUCUUCCUCAACACCACCGUACAGACGAGGAAGGAGAGGAAGUAUAGAAGAACGUCCAUCAUUCUCAGAUCAGCCUGUGAGAAAUCUAUGUCAGAAACAUGAGAGACCUCUGGAGAUGUUCUGUAGAGAUGAUCAGCUGAUUGUGUGUAUAGAGUGUGCUGUGAAAGACCACAUGUACCACAACACUGUUUACAUAAAAGAAGAGAGUAAAAAGAAGAAGACUCAACUGAUGGAGACACAGAAAAAAAACAAACAGAUGAUCCAGGACAGAGUCAAGAAGAUUGAAGACAUCAAACACUCAGCAGAAGUCAGAAAAAGAAAAACAGAGAAGAAGAAAGCUACCAGUGUUGAGCUCUUUACUGAUCUCAUCCGCUCCAUUGAGAGAUGUCAGACUGAACUACUGGAGAUGAUGGAGGAGCAGCAGAAAGCAGCAGAGAAACAGGAGCAAGAGCUCAUUAAAGAUCUGGAGCAGGAGAUCACUGAGCUAAAGAUGAGAAACACUGAGCUGGAGAAGCUCUCACACACUGAAGAUCACCUCCACCUUCUACAGAUUUCCUCAUCCCUGGACAGCUUUACAAAAACUAGGAGUGACAGGAACUUGCCAGAGAUCAGAAUGAAGGCAGAUGAGAGUCUGGAGCCUCUGAGCAGAACUCUGACUCAACUGCACGAUACUCUUCGUGAGGAACUCACGCAAACUGAAGUGAAGCUAAAGCAGCACUAUGCAGUGGAUGUGACUCUGGAUCCUGACACAGCUCAUCCAAACCUCAUCCUGUCUGAUGAUGGAAAACAAGUGAGACAUGGAAACACUGAGCAGAAACUAGCAGACAACCCAGAGAGAUUUGAUACAUGUCCUUGUGUCCUGGGAAAGGAGGGAUUCUCCUCAGGGAAGUUUUAUUUUGAGGUGCAGGUGAAAGGAAAGACUGACUGGACUUUAGGAGUGGCCAGAGAAUCUGUUUACAGGAAGGGAAAGAUCACACUGAAUCCUGGGGAUGGAUACUGGACUGUGGACCCCUCCAUCUCCCGGUGUCUGAGUGACACAACGCAGCGGAUCGGUGUGUUUGUGAAUUAUGAGGAAGGUCUGGUCUCCUUUCAUGAUGUGGAGUCCAGCUCUCUCAUCCACUCUUUCACUCGUCAGGCAUUCACUGACAAACUCUAUCCAUAUUUUAACCCAGGCUUCAAUAAUGGAGGUCAGAACUCAGCCCCACUGAUCAUCACAUCAGUCAGUUACAAUAAAUAAAUUUCCACCACUUGUAUAAAAUACUGGAUAAAUAUUUUUUUUAUAAUUAAAAAUCAAAAUGUAUUAAUUAUGCAUGUUAUUGGGUCUGGUAUGUACUGUGUGCUUUAAAAACAACAUAUAUGAACAGUUAAUCCUUCGAAUAGUAGCGCUAUAAUCUUUUAUAUUUUUACGUACAAAUAUUGCUUACUUUCGAAUAUUCAAUAAAUUAUUUUAUUGCACAAAAUGUUCUGUGAUAGUGGUAGGGCCUUUCGUCUGAGAUUAGAUAAAAAUACCUUAAUAUAAAACUUUGAUUUCCAUAUUUGUGGUAUAUACCACAGUACUUCAAGGUACCAAAAAAAUACCAAAUCACAGUUUUUGUUUGAAGUGUCAAAUCCACUGAUGUGCCCACUGACUUUGAGAGUCAUGGGAAAUAAUCCUGACGUGUGUUAUGCGUUUCUUUUUUGGUUCACUAUAGGUUAUAUAUAAACACUGAGAUUAAUCUGAUAGAAACAUCAGGCUCAAUACAAACUGAUACACAUGAACGCAAGUAUCUGUAUUUUACUGGAGUAGUUUUAAUUUGAGUAAUUUACUUCACUACAUUCCAAACUAUAAGAUUAUACUUUUUACUUCACUACAUUUCAUAUCGUUUCUCCUUAUAGUACUGUAAUAUAUCAUGUGCUCUGACAAGCAGAAGCGGUUUCUGAUUCAUGAACGAACUGGGCCUUUUCAAUUAACCUUUUAAAUCAGUUUGCAAAUCGCACCAAACGACUCGUUUACGAAUUAGAAUGAUCAGCCCAGAGUGCAGUCUGGACGAUGGGGCAGGGCGACACGUUGGGGCGGAGCGACACGUGUCGCCCCGCCCACCUCAGCGGUUAUUGGUUUAUGAUUAAGAUGAGCUUAUUGGUGUACAGAUGAGUGACGAUUUUACAGCUUAUUGGUAUAGAGAAUUAUGACGCUGUGAGCAGGAUUGGAAAGCGGAAGUAGACACUCAGAUUAAUAAACUUUUUAUAUAAAUUAAAAAGCGAAUAUAAAUGUUGUGUUUUUGCAUUUAUUGUUGCGUUUACACAACACCCCGUAUAAAUACAAAGAGUUUUGGAUUACGACGAACAGAAUAGAAAU